AUGUCUUUGCAAGAGAAGAAGGAUCGGAUCAAGAUGAAGAAGUGUUGUUUUGUUUGUCUCCGAGGUGGUCACAUGGCUAAAAGUUGUAAAAGUUUUGUGAAGUGUCCAAUCUGUGAAAACAAGCAUCCAGUUAUAUUGUGUCCGUCCUUGCCAUCAAAUAAGAAACCAGAGACUGAAGUUGUGGUCCAGAGAACUGAUCCAAGUGUGGCGAUGGCCAUUCACAUGUGUUCUGGUGAAGUUUUGCUCCAAACUCUUCUGGUCAGAUUAAGAAGUGAGAAUGGAAAAGUGUCUCGAGUGGUUCGAUUAGUGUUUGAUACUGGUGCUCAGCGAUCACCAGUAUCAAAUAUUGUCCGAAGCUCGACGGCAAGCCAACUCAAGUACCCAUCAGUUGGUCAGGAGUGGGUGCGGAAAUCUUUGUUCGGAGGUGCGGUUACGAAUGGGAGGAUCCAUUACAAAUACAAAUUACGCCUAGAAAGUUUAGACGGAUCCGUCAAGCGCAUCAUGGAAGUUUUAGAGGAACCGGAAAUCUGUGGGGAAUUAUCUCGAGUGCCAAGGGGACCGUGGCUCAAGGAGCUAGCGGGCAAGUCAAUCUUCCUCUCAGAUUUUACUUCAGAAUGCCCGGACAUUGAAAUUUUAAUUGGAAGUGACUACUACGGCAGUGUCAUUAAAGGAAAAGUAGUUCAGUUAGCAUGUGGGCUAAUUGCAUGUGAAACUUUGUUUGGGUGGACUUUGUCAGGGUGCAUUCCUCGCCAAACGGAGAAUUGUGCAAUGCUCGUGACAUCGUUGCUGGCUAGUGACUGGAAUCCAUCGGAAUUGUGGAAUUUGGAAUCGCUUGGGAUUCAAGACCCGGUGGAGAGCCUGUCAAAGGAAGAAAGGGAUUCGGAGGCCAAGCAACAUUUCUUGAAAACUGUUACGAGAUCUGAGGACGGGAGGUACAGUGUGUCGCUUCCAUGGACCAGCGGACAAGAUCAGAUUCCGAAUAACCGAUCCAUCGCUCAGAAGAGAUUAGAAACAAUGAGUAGCAGACUCGUGUCAUCUGGAAAUUUCAAGAUUUAUGAUGACAUUAUCAAAAGUUGGGAGCAGGAAGGAAUUAUUGAAGUUGUUCCACAAGCUGAGUUGGAACUACCUGCUCAUUAUUUACCACAUCGGGCAGUCAUCAAAGAAGAGAGCAAGACCACACCCGUACGCCCAGUCUUUGAUGCAUCUUGCAAAGGCAAGAAUUCUCCAUCGCUGAAUGACUGCUUGGAGAAAGGCCCAAAUUUAAUGGAAUAG